GUUGUGCGCUCUCAUUCCGCCCUGCUGGAGGCUGCCCGGGUGGGCCUCAGGCAUGACUUCCAAACAAGCUAAAAGGAAAGAAGUGCAUCGGAUCAAUUCUGCCCAUGGAUCAGAUAAAUCUAAAGAUCUCUACCCUUUUGGCAGCAAUGUGCCACCUGGUUCUUCCGAACAGAAGAGGGGGAAGUUCCCGAUCUGGCCCGAGUGGAGCGAGGCAGACAUAAAUGCUGAAAAGUGGGAUGCAGGCAAAGGCGGGAAGGAGAAGGACAAGACCGGCAAGAGCCCCAUCUUCCACUUUUUCGAAGACCCUGAAGGAAAGAUUGAAUUACCACAAUCAUUGAAAGUGUUUUCCUGGAAACGCCCGCAAGAUUUUAUAUUUAGCCGAAUUCCUGUAGUUGUGAAAAAUGAAAUGACGUUUGACUUGUUUUCAUCAAAUGGACAUUUACUCUGCAGUGAGCUUAUGAGGUGGAUUAUCAGUGAAAUCUAUGCGGUGUGGAAAAUAUUCAAUGGCGGGAUCCUAAGCAAUUACUAUAAGGGAAAUUCAGGAGAGCUUCCUAUUCUACCCUGGAAGCCCUGGGAACACAUAUACUCUCUCUGCAAGGCCGCGAAGGGUCACAUGCCUUUGUUCAACAGCUACGGGAAGUAUGUGGUAAAGCUCUACUGGAUGGGUUGCUGGAGGAAGAUAACUGUCGAUGACUUCCUGCCAUUCGAUGAAGAUAACAAUCUACUGCUUCCAGCUACAACCUAUGACUUUGAGCUCUGGCCCAUGCUACUGUCGAAAGCUAUCAUUAAGCUGGCAAAUGUUGACAUCCAUGUAGCACACAGGAGAGAGCUAGGAGAACUCACAGUAAUCCACGCUCUUACUGGGUGGUUACCUGAAGUCAUCCCUCUUCAUCCAGCAUAUGUGGACAGAGUCUGGGAGCUCUUGAAGGAGAUACUGCCUGAGUUUAAGCUCACAGAAGAGCCCAGCUCUGAAAGCAAAAUCACAGUGAUAGAAAACAAACUGAAGGAACCCACAAAAGAGAGCAAGGACGUCAAGGAUGGGAAGGACACGAAGGAUGGCAAAGAAGCAAAGGACGGCAAAGAAACGAAGGAUACAAAGGACUUCAAACCGGAAAUCUCCCUUACGACCCUGAGGGCUCCUGAGAAAGGUGACAGAGCUGCAAAGGGUUCCUCAGCAAUACAGUCCCCUCAGAUGGUCGUAUAUGCUACCUUUACACCACUCUAUUUGUUUGAAAACAAGAUAUUUACAUUAGAGAAGAUGGCGAAUUCUGCGGAGAAACUUAGGGAAUAUGGUCUUUCUCACAUCUGUAGCCACCCCGUGCUGGUGACCAGAAGUAGGUCUUGUCCCCUGGUGGCACCCCCCAAACCGCCUCCCUUACCUGCCUGGAAACUCAUUCGCCACAAAAAGGAAACAGUGAUCACCGAUGAAGCUCAAGAUGCUGUUCCGAAGAAGCCUGAGCAGUUUCUUGAGAUUUCAAGUCCAUUUUUGAAUUAUAGAAUGGCUCCAUUUACAAUCCCAACAGAAACGCAUUUUGUACAAUCUGUCGUUAAGAAAGGAACGCCGCUGGGAUCCAGUCUUCCUACCCUUGUGGAAAGUGAUUUAACUGCAAGUACCAGCCAAGGGGAGAUGAGCAUAAUAGCUGGAAAUCAGUCUCAGGCCAAUAUUGCAUUACAAACGACACCUGGAAAAGAUGAACCCUCAGAGCCUGCCUUGGCGGAUGCCCACCAACUUGAGGCUAUGAGCUUAGAAAGGGACUUGAUUAGCUUGACUACAGCAACACUGGACAAGUCACAGGAAGAGCUAGCAGUAAACGAAAGUGUUGCCAAAGAAAUAUGGCUAGAUUUUGAAGACUUUUGUGUGUGCUUUCACCAUAUAUAUAUUUUCCACAAGCCAAAUUCUUAUUGUCUUAAUUUUCAAAAAUCAGAAUUCAAGUUCAUGGAAGAGCGUGUGCCCUACUAUCUCUUUGUGGAUAGCCUGAAGCCUAUUGAACUACUGGUUUGCUUUUCUGCUUUGGUGCGCUGGGGGGAAUCUGGAGCCUUAACAAAAGAGAGUCCUCCUGUGGAGCCUGGGCUCCUGACAGCCGAAGCCAUCACCUGGAAGUCCCUGAAGCCUCUUAGCGUUGUUCUGAGGAUUCACACCUAUGCUACGAAGGCCAGCAUGGUGCGUCUGCCUGUUGGGAGGCACAUGCUGCUCUUCAAUGCAUAUUCCCCUGUGGGGCAUGCCAUACAUGUCUGCAGCAUGACAACAUUUGUCAUCGGUGAUGAAGAUGUUGUACUGCCCAACUUUGAGCCGGAGAGCUACCGAUUUACAGAACAGUCUAUAUUAAUUAUGAAGGCUAUUGGCAACGUGAUUGCUAAUUUCAAAGACAGAAGUAAAUUGCCUACAGCUCUGAGGGAUCUGCAGGCAGCUCACUACCCUAUCCCCCUCAACAACAAAGAACUCACGCUUCAACACUUCCGGGUUUUCCAUAUAUCAUUGUGGCGUUUAAUGAAAAAAUCUCAAGUAGCCAAGCCUCCUUUAAACUUCAAAUUUGCAUUUCGGGCUAUGGUUUUAGACACGGACUUGCUGGAUUCCUUCUCCGAGGAUGCCUCUUUAGCGGAAUGGGUAGACCUUAAAUAUUCUAUGCCAAUAAAUGAAAAGGAGUAUUCUCCCGAGGAAAUAGCUGCUGCGGUGAAAAUUCAGUCCAUGUGGAAAGGGAACUAUGUCAGACUGCUCAUGAAAGCCAGGACACCAGAAACAAAGGAGAAUAUCAGUGUUGCAGAUACACUUCAGAAAAUUUGGGCAGUAUUGGAGAUGAAUUUGGAGCAAUAUGCACUGUCUCUCUUAAGACUAAUGUUUAAAAGCAAGUGUAAGUCUAUGGAGUCCUACCCAUGCUAUCAAGAUGAGGAGACCAAGCUGGCCUUUGCUGACCACACCGUGAACUAUACAGACCAGCCACCAAAUUCCUGGUUUAUAGUAUUCAGAGAAACAUUUUUGGUUCCUCAAGAUAUGAUCUUACUCCCCAAAGUAUAUACCACACUCCAGAUAUGCAUGCUGCAUGUUAUUAACAAUGACACGUUGGAGCAGGUGCCAAAGGUGUUUCAGAAAGUGGUGCCUUACCUUUACACCAAGAACAAGAAGGGAUAUACAUUUGUGGCUGAAGCGUAUACUGGUGACUCAUUCGUAUCAGGCUCACGAUGGAAACUGCGGCUCAUUGGCUCUUACAACCCACUCCCGUUUCUCGCCCGAGACACUCCAUGCAGCACCUUCACCAUAAAGGAAAUCAGAGACUACUAUAUUCCUAACGACAAGAAAAUUCUGUUCAGGUACUCCAUUAAAGUGACAAUGGCACAGUCUAUUACAAUACAGGUCCGCACAUCCAAACCCGAUGCCUUCAUCAAGCUGCAGGUGCUGGAAAGCGAGGAGAUCAUCACGAGCACUGUGGGCAAAGGGCAAGCCCUCAUCCCAGCCUUCUACUUCCUGGGCAAUGAAAAAGCAUUGAGCUCCCAGUCUAGCAAGCAAGUUCUCUUAACUCACACCGUACCUAAGAAAGAACCAGAAGUACUGACCAAGAAAAAAUCUGGGCAAUCAGGCCAGAAAUCCUUCAAAGGAAGAACUGGAGGAGGGAUGACAGAGACAGGAAUGCCUCUGCUGGAAGAAGAAGUUAUGAGCGUACCCACUAUUGAAGAAAAUUCCAGCACACCACAGCAGUGCUACAAGUACAUCAUACAGUGCUUGGUGUUGUUCAACAGCUGGCCUCUGAAUGAAACUCAGCUGACAUUUGUUCAAGCACUAAAAGACAUGGAGAAAAUUGACAUCAAAGCUCAUGUAGAGAAACAUGAAGAACCAGCUCCCAUGGGAAGCCCAGAUUCCCAUGCUGUCAGUGAAGGGCAGAAAUCUGUAGGAAUGCCCAAAACAACACGGAAAGGCAAGGAGAGGUCUGCCGAGAAAGAAAAGUCGGCCAGGGAAAAACAAACUCCUCGGUUUGAACCUCAGCAAAUGCAAGUGCCCACUGCUGCUCACUCUCAGCAAGAAGAUCCAAACAAGCCCUACUGGACCUUGCGGCUGGUCUCUGAACACACCGACUCAGAAUACGUGGAUGUGAAAAAGGACACAGAACGAGCCGAUGAGAUACGGGCCAUGAAGCAAGCUUGGGAGACGACAGAACCCGGGAGGGCCAUCAAGGCUUCCCAGGCCCGUUUGAAGUACCUGACCCAAUUCAUUAAGAAGCCACCUGAAACCUCUGCUCCUGCCACCAGCCCUGAGGCUUUGUCUGUGACUCAGAGCCAAAUUAAAUCCUCAGAAGAAGGAGAACAAGCAGGAGGUACUGGGAAAGAUGCAGACACAAAAGAACUGCCACCAACCGCAGCAGGAAGUAUGCUGUGGAAAAAGUGGCAACUGACCAAGACCCUCAGUGCUCUGUCAAAAGCCACAAGCAGUGAGAGUACACCGAAGGAAGAGCCACCACGGAAGGAGAUCCCUGUGUUGGUCCAAUCACGAUCUCCGACAAUUUUGGAAACAUCUCCACAACAAAUUCGUAAAGCACUAGAGUUUUUGGAUUUCAGUCACUAUGUACGGAAAACAGCUGAUGAGGCCGUGCUGCAGACAGAUGAACUGAGUAAGCAUCAGGCGAUGCAGAAGGCAGAGGAGAUCCACCAGUUCCGGCAGUACCGCUCCCGUAUCCUCAGCCUCCGAGACAUUGACCAGGAAGAGCGCGUCAAGCUAAAGGAUGAGGUUCUGGACAUGUAUGGGGAGAUGCGGGACUCCGUAGAUGAAGCCAGGCAGAAGAUCUUUGACAUACGGGAAGAGUACAGGAACAAGUUGCUGGAGGCGGAGCGUCUGAGGAUGGAAGCGUUGGCAGCGCAGGAAGCCGCAGUGAAGUUGGAGGCGGAGAAGAAGUCCGCAGCCUCUGACUCACAGAAGAAGAAGAAAGGAGGAAAGAAAAAGUAAUGCCCCACGUUGCACUAUGCCACAGGGGGAGCGUCGGAUGCACUGUCAAUCACGGUGUCUCUUGGUCAAACAUUAGAUCAACUGAACCAGAGAAAAUGUUCCGCACUCAUGGUUAACACAUUUUAAUGUUAACAUGUUGGUUUUUGCUACAAAAUAUUUGAAGGCACUAGCUUCUCAAAUGUUCUAAUUUCAUUAAAAUCGUUA